GACGAAAUGGAGGCACGCCCUGCUUUAUCAAUUCAGAGAUCAAGUGCAAAGCAGCUUAGUAAUGGGAUGUCUGGAGCACUGUCGUCAUCAUUUCCAGUCCUUCCAGCCCCUUUGAAAGAGACAUUUCCCAAGUUGCCAGACUCGCAACAGGUUUCCAUUGAAAGAGAACUUGUGACAAGGCCUCCCACCCAUGCACGUCAUUUACCCUCUAAUAGUGGACUAGUUGGUCACAUGUUUUCAUCAUCCCCUGGACUUUCAUCAGAUCGUCAUUACUCAUCUCUUUCACCCCAUGAAAAGCAUUCAAGAAACUCUCCUUUCAUUUCUCAGUCAUCAACUAAUGGAGCAUCUCUGCCAUUAGCACAUAAUUCUCAUUCCGGAUCUCUUCAAUCUAUAACAUCAAGUCAUUAUGCCAAAGAAAACACUAAUUUCUGGCAUACUGAUCCACUUCCGAGUUUUCUUGAUUUUCCUGUAAAUACCUCUAUUGAGAAUGGUCAGGCAGGCAGCAGUAGUUGUAAUGUUGCCAUAGCAUCUGAGGAAUUUAGUAAAUGGGCGGACCAGCUAAUCAUUGAUGACGAUGCUUUGACUUCUAAUUGGACUGAGCUUCUUGGUGACACCAGUGUUAUGGAUUUGGAACCAAAGAUUGCAUACCAGGUGUCCAAUUCAUCUCCAAAUUCUCAACCAUAUCAGUCUGAAGUUCAUAUGCAGCUUUCUGCUCCAUCUGGAGAAAUUCUUCCUAUUGCUACCCCUUCUUCCUCAGCAAAUAGUGCCCCAUCCAAGCCACGCAUGCGCUGGACCCCAGAACUUCAUGAAGCCUUCGUGGAGGCUGUCAAUAAACUUGGUGGUAGUGAAAGUGCUACUCCAAAGGGUGUGCUGAAGCUCAUGAAAGUUGAAGGAUUGACUAUCUAUCAUGUGAAAAGCCAUUUGCAGAAAUAUAGGACAGCCAGAUACCGACCAGAUUCAUCAGAAGGAUCCUCAGAGAAGAAAUUGACUCCAUUUGAAGAGUUGUCGUCUCUUGACCUGAAAACGGGUAUCGAGAUUACUGAAGCUCUGAGAUUGCAGAUGGAAGUUCAGAAGAGGCUUCAUGAACAACUUGAGAUUCAAAGAAAUCUACAGUUGCGAAUCGAAGAACAAGGAAAGUACCUCCAAAUGAUGUUUGAGAAGCAAUGCAAGUCAGGUAUUGACAAGCUGAAGGCAUCAGCAUCCACUCUGGAGAACUCUCCUGCCCCAUCUUUGGAUGUUCCAGUUUCCCCUGCCAAAAGUGAACCGGAAGCCUUCCAGGUAGACCAUGGUAAUACAGUGUAUGAUCCAGUCAAUUCCAACUCUGGGUUGGAAGAAACCUCGCGGGAGCUGGGUGUGAAGCUAAAGGCAACUGUAGCAGAGGCGGCUCAGAAUUUUGAGCCAGAUGCUUGUGAAACUAGUUCCCAACCCUCAAAGCGUCCAAAAACUGAUGAAUAAGUCAUAUCAUCUGCCAAAUCGGUAUUGGACUGACAAAACCAUACUGAUUAAUGUAAUAUCUUAUUCUUGGAGUAAGACAAACAAAGCUGACUGAUGGAUAGAUUGGUCCACUCCGGUUCUGUUAUCAUAUUCUCAACAGACAAUUUCCAGAUGCAGCAACAAAUUUUAGUCGAGUUUUGAUGAUAAUGUUCUUCAACCUUCUAAUUUGUACUCUUUUUGAGUUAAGCAAGGAUGAGGAUGCAUUAGGAACUGUUGCUUAGAACCCUGUUGAUUAUAUCUCCAUCGAACGCUAUUUGUAGUAAAAAUCUAAUAUCCUCAAUGUUAACCUAUGAAUAAUCAUGUUACUGCCAAUGGUACACAACCAUUCAUGAGUUUUAUCAUGGCA